AUGUCAGAUGAUAAGAGUCAGGAAGGUGAGGAACAGGAGCAGCAGCCUCAGCGAUCUGUGGAGGGGACGGAAGGAAGUGGAAGCUUAGAGAUAGUAACUGGAGAUGACAAAUCUGAAGGACAGCAUGGGAGUAUGUUUGGGAAGAGUUUACGGGAUGCUUCAAUCAAAUUAUCUACCUUUGCUGGCAGCCAUGACGAAGAUAUUUUUUCGGAAGAUACUGUUUUGACUACUGAGCAUGCUCCAAGUGAACAAGGAACGAAGAUUGUUGCAUCCGAUGUGACUGAACUAAAAAAAGAAAAAGUUCGAUUGGAACAUGUUUUAUUUCUGACAAACGAAGAGUUGGAUGCAGUUCGAGAUAAACUGUACAGAGUUAGUGAAGCAGAGAAUGCACUGAAAAAAGAAAAUGAGCAGUUACUGCGAGAUAGAAGCCAACGAAUGGCUGCGAUGCGAGAAUUGGAAGCUGAACGUGACCGUAUAUUACUUGCAAAGAAUGAAUGUGAGCAGAAAGCUGAAAUGUUGUUGCGUCAAAGAGAGGAUUAUGAAGGAAAAAUUAAUCGCUUAAAUCACGACAAGUCGCUUAUUGCAAGCGAUUUGCAACUGCAGAAAAAUGAAGUGACGAAAUUAAUAGAAAAGAAUGUUUUGUUAGAUACCAAACUUGAUGAAUAUGCCAAACAAAAGCGAAUAGUUGAGUAUGAAAAAGAACGUUGGGCUCAGGAAAAAGAAAUAUAUUUGCAUAACAAAGAUUGGUUUAUGAAUGAAAUUAAAGAACGUGACCGGAAAUUUGCUGUUUUAAGAAUCGAAAUGGUCCGAUAUACUGGCGAAUUGCAAGCAGAAAUAGCUUCUAUCACGGAUAAGUACGAAUCUGCAGCGAGUGAUGUUAAGAAACUUACAGCAACACUUGCUGAUCGGAAUAGGGAAAUAUCUAGAUUGAAUGAUCGCAUUAAAGAGAUCUUGGAAGAUAAUGCACAGAAGUUGAAUAAAUUGGAAGAAGAGUUGCUAGCAAGUGAACGACUCUGUUCUGUUUACAAAGAGACUGGUGACGACGCAGAAAAUAACUUACGGCAGCUUAAUGAUGAUUUUGAAAAUCGUGGAAAACUGCUUGAGGAAUCCAAAAAAGCUUAUGAGUCAUUGUGCGUUCAGUUUGAAGAAAAGCAAGCAACUUUUACCAGAGAAAUCGUUCAAAAAGAUAAAAAGAUUGAAGAAUUAUUGGACGAAUUGCAGAAAGCCAAUGAUUUGUUGAAAUCUAGGCAUCGUGUAACAUUAACGGAUGAUGAAAUCAUGGAACUGUCUCCGGCAGCUGCUGCGGCAUCAUCCUUGAUUCGUAGUGGUGUUUCAUUGACGAGUAUUUAUCGAGAACAUUGUCGUGUAGUUGCGGAAUUAGAAGAAGCGAAAGCGGAAAACAAACGUAUAGAUAAUUAUUUCCAUGAAUUAGUUGAGGAUAUUGAAGCCAAAGCACCAUUGCUCGCGCAGCAACGUAUAGAAUAUGAAAAGAUGUCGGAUUUAUGCAACAAUUUACAAGAACAGUUGCAAUCGGCAGAGCAAGAGAGGGUGAAGCUUGAGAAUGCUCGUGAUGCUGCUACACGUGAGUUGACAUACACUCGAGCUGAACUUGAACGAUAUCAGCGUGACGUGGAGGAUUUGAGCAUGCAGGUUCGCCACCUGUUGCAUGCAUCCGAAGUUGAGAGGGCACGAAAUACGGAUUCGCCGCCAAUGAACAGUGAAGAUAGCGAUAUGCUGUGGAAUUCAAUUGGUGAAAUGCAGAAAGUAAACCAAAAAUUGAUGUCAGAUUUACGCUCAGCUAAUGCUAAUCGUGAUCGUGCGGUAGAGGAGGCUAAAAGUGAAGAGAUUAACCGACUUACCGAUGCUUUGAAUGAUGCUAUAAAGAAGUUGGAUUUCCUCAAGGACGAAAAUUCAAAGCAGAAUAUGGUGAUUGAAGAACUAGGGAAACAACGUGACAUAUAUAAGAAAGUUGGUAACGAGAGGAAAACUCUAGAAGAGUCUCGCAUUCUGACCAAACGAAUGCAAGAAAUCGAUUCCGAGAAUGCAGUAUUGCGAGUACAUUUAGAACGGGCUGAGAAGAGCUUAGACUUGUUUCGCGAGGAAAAACAUCAUUCCGAUGAACUUCUGCAAACACGAAUUGAUCACCAGUUUGCUUUGAUUGCUGAAUUACGCAAAACAAACGGGAAAUUGGAAGCUGAUAUCGAAGUACAGAGACAGACACAACUGUUGCUUACAAAGCAAUCAGAAAAUGAUUCAAACGAAUUGAGUUUGGCUCGUGAGAAGUAUAUCAAAAUGGAUAACAACUAUAAGAUGACCGAUGAACGGUGCAGAAAAUUGCAGGAAGAGCUCAUGGAAACGAAAGGGGAAGUUGCCAAAUAUAAGACUGACGUAGAAGCUCUUAUGGAACAAGUUUCGCUUCUGCGAAGCACGGAGGCACGAUUACAGCAGGAGCUACACAUUCUACGAGAGUCAAAUUACAGUAACGAAAAAAUGUCGUAUACGUUAAAGCAGCUGGAGUGUCGUCUACAGCAUAAUGAUGAGGAAAAAGUGAAGAUUCUCGAGGAUCAAUUGAAGCUUGCCAAAGAUGAAAAUGAGUCUUUGAAGAAGUUUGUCAGCGAAAUUUCGGAACAACAUCGUUUGAUCAGUUUGGAUUUGAAGAUGACAACGAAUAAAAUCCAAACGGAGCGUGACCAGGCACUGGCAAGCAAGAAAUCAGCAGAAGAGCGAUUGAUUUGGAAAGAUAAAGAAUUAAGUGAAUUGCAAACAAAAUAUGAUGAUUUGAUGAAUCAGCUGAAAGCACCAGAUGCAUCUCUUGAAUCUACCGAUGGUGGUUGUAAAAAAGAGGCACAACAACUUCGAAAUCGUAACAGUUAUUUGGAAAAUCAAUUGAAGGACAUGUCUCACAAGCUAGAAGCAAGCGAGAAAAUGCUGGCGAUACGUGAACAAGAACUUUCUGAGAUUAGCAAAUUGAGUAAUAACAUGGAAGCAACAUUACUAGAGCAGGGAGUAAGCGCCCUUGCGGAACGAAAUAGUGUGCAAGCAGUGUUGGAUUUAGUAAGAGGACAAUUAGCCGAAAGUGUGACAGCAGUCGAAAAUCAACGAGCAGAAAUUGCCCAGUUGGAGCAAAAAUUACAAGAAGGGGCCAAUAAAACAGAGCAACUGAAGAUGGAAAAAAUGAAAGAAUAUCAGGGGUUAGAGAAGCGAUGCAGCAUUUUGGAUAUACAAAGGGCUAAUGCUGAAGCUCGGAUACGUGAACUGGAAUUAGAAAAUGCGAAAAUUGCCGCUGCAAAAGUUUCGUUUGAUGAAGAAAGCAGUCGAAUGAAAGAAGACAUUAGCAAACUGGAACAAGCACUUCAUGUCAAGGAGUUAGAACUCGUGAAUUUGAAAAAUACUGCGGUAGGACUUGAGCAGAAAUCCGAAGAUGUAAGGCGAAGCUGUUCAUCGGAAGUGGCUGCACUUCGUGUUGAAAGAAAUCGAUUCGAAGAAGAACUCAGUUUAUCUAAUAAAUUAAUUGACGAGCAAAAGCAGAAACUGGAAGAAUUGGGUGAUAAUUUAAUAAAGGUAACGGAGCGUAUGACUGUUUUGGAACGUUCUGGAAGCACUUCGAGUGAUGAUAUUGCUGCACCUGUUGGUUCGAAAUCAGCUGUUGCAUUGUAUGAAGUAAUCAAAUAUUUACAAGGAGAAAAUCGACAGGCUAUGGAACGAAUGAUGAACGCUGAACUGCAAUGGAAGCGUUUGCAAGUUCAGCAAGCUACGGCUGACGAACAUCGACUGAAAUUGGAAGAAGAAAUUCAAAAACUUCGGAGAGAGGCCGAAGCACAUGUUCGUUCAAUUGCGGAAAAAAGUGAAAUGGUAGCGCGAUUGACGUUAAUGGAAGACACCCAAAAGGAAAAUCAGAACUUGAAGCUGCAAAAUGAAAAAUUAAUCCGUCGCAAUGAACAGCUAUCGAAAAAUGCAAAUGAUUUGCAAGUACGUAUCGCCAGUUUGACCGCAGAAAAAGUUACCGAAAAGGGACGAUUGCAGACUAUUAAUACUGACUUGCAAAUCUGCCGAAAAGAAUUGGAAUCUUGGAAAGAAAGGCAUAAUCAGGCUUUGAUUUCAUUGGGUAAAUUUGGACCCGAAAGAGUGGUCGCUUUAAAUAACGAAGUUGAAUCAUUAAAACGGAGGCUAAGCAUGGUAACAACGGAACGUGAUUCAUUGAAAAGAGAGAUAGAAAAAUCUGUUCAAGAAUCAACAUCUAAGGAAACCCUAGUGGAUGUGCAAAAGAAAUUUGAUGAAAGUGAAUCAGAACGACUCAAACUAUCAGCAAGAUUUGAGCAAGCUAGAUUACUUGCACGUCGAUACAGGAUGAAAUCUCAAACACUGGAAAAAGACGUUGAAGGACUGAAGGCGAUGCUGACUGAGAAAUCGAUAGUAGAAGAGGAAAAUAUAACUGAAACUGCAAGACUGAAGCAAGAAUUGCUUACAUUACGCGCUGAGAUUGAGAAGCAGAGACAGAAAGCAAUGCCCCGAACUGGUUGGCCGGUUGAUGGGGGAACUGGCAGUACACAGCCAACGAAAGCAAGUACAAUUCUUCAAACACAGUUAAAACAAUUGGAAGGACUCAAUCAACAAAAUAAGGAUCUGUCCAAGCAAUUGGAAGAAUCUGCCGAAAGGUAUAAGGCAGCGCAGGCAAAAUUGAGUGAGGCUGAGGCUAAAUUUCGAGAACUGAAAACAGAAAAUGAUACGAAAGAGGAGUUACGUUUUCGAUUAAAUUCGAUCACAAGUAUGUUAACCAAGAAAGAACAAGAAGUAGCUCGGCUGCGAGAAGAACUUGAAACAGCUAAGCAAUCAGACGAAGCCUAUCAGGGGAAGAUAAAAGUACUGGAAGCUGCACUGGACACAUGUCGUAAAGAAGCCAGCAGUCGUCCUGGUUUUUCCAGCUCGGGAUUUAUUAAACCAGUCAGCUCGUCUACAUCUGUAAUUACUCAGAGUCAAAGUUCUCCUAUUGCUGCGCUACUUGUUACAAAUACUGGUGGAGUAGAUUUUCCUCCUUCGUCCAAAGAAGAAACACCAACCACUUCACGUUUAUUGCCGCUUGUUAAAUCUGCUGCAACGAUAGGUGCUACACAGAUUGAGAAAUAUGAAGAUACGAAACAAGAAGUAGCAGUAGUUGGAAGCAUUGAAGAACAAGAAACACAUCGAAAUACACCUGUAUCAACCACUAGUGAACAAAGUAACACUGUGAGUCAAUCGUCAUCAGGUGAUAUUAUGCCAGUACAAUUGCAACAGCAUAAUGUUACUUCUGGAAAUGGUGACGGAGCGAAUAUCAUUACAAGCAGUGUAGCAAGUGGUGACGUACCAGUUGUAAUACAAGGAAUCGUAUCGCAAGUGGGGCCAGAAUCAAUUUCGAUAACCCACAAUGAAGAUGAAUCGUCACGAAAACGAGCAUACAUACCGUCAAGCUAUCAAAUUGAAACUGGAUCGGAUGUUUUGGAGCCUCGAAAGCGUUAUCGGGGAAGUUCUAUGGGUCAGGUUUCCACAAGUGGUCGUUUCAUGAAGUCAGGAAGUGAAUCAGGAGUUGACAUCGAACAGCAUGCUACAGAUGAGGCUGAACAUGAACAGCAAGAAAGUGUUGAAACAACCACAAAUCCUGAGGGUGAUCGAUCAGACGGCAUGGAAACAAAUGAAAUAAGAGAGAAUAUUAAAUCGACAGUUGAAGUCCAGGAAGUGAGUGCGGAUGUUAGUUACGGAAUGGUUGGUGAGGGAGUAGCGCAAGAAGGGCAUGAUGAGGAUGAACAAAUUGAAGACAAUGAACAUAAUGUCAUAGUUGGUGAAGAUCUUCGGCGGGAAGUCUCGGCAGAUGAAGAUAAUCUUAGCGAGGAAGAGGGUGAUGAAAUGUUAGAAGAGAUGGAGGAUGAGGAAUUCGAUGAAGAGGAGCCGGAUGAAGAGGGUGAAUUCGAAUUGCCUCCACAAUAUAGAAGAUCUGAUUACCAUACUACUCGAGAAUCAGGAAAUAAUGGUGAUGAGGAUGACGGUGUUAUUUUAAUCGAGGAUGAUGAUGAUGAUGAUGGUGAAGUGGAGCAUUCAUGCUCUCCAGCAGAUCUUUCUACAGAUGAAACACAUGGUGAGGAUCUCAAACGUUCAGUUAUUAUUGGCGAUGAUGUAGAAACGAGCAGUGCUGAAGCUCGUGAACGGCAAAAUAUUCAAGGCGAAUCCAUUCGACGCAUGGAACUCAGGUUCGAAGCCGCUGCUGAGCAUUCCGGUGCCAUCUUGCAUAUGGAUUCAUCAACGCCACAGGCUUUCAGUGCAGACCAUAUGGGUGAAAGUGAUACAAGUCGUUCCGAGCACUGUAAUUCGGAAGCUCUUUAUCUACCAUCUGCAGAACUUGAUUUGCAGCCUCACUCAGUGGAUAUAGCUUUGCAAGAACGUGGUGAUGUUGUUUCCGGUUCAGAAUUGCAUGUGGUACGUGAUUCACCACCGCUUAUCGAAAACAUUGAAUCUGAUAGUCGUGGCGCAUCCAGUACGGUUGCUCCGAUAACAGGUACAGAUGUUGACAGUGGUGAGAGUGAACAUGUGCUGAUGAUUGAGGAAGGUGGAAAUGAUGUGGCUGAAGAAGAGCAAGGGGAUAGGCAUGUUACACAGACAGAUGAUGAAGCAGGGUCUUCGGGACCGAGUACAUCAGAUGGGUCAGCAACGCGACGUAUUAGAAUACGCUACCCUGAUAUAACGGAACCCACUUCAAGCAGCAGCGAUGCAACUCAUCAAAUCUCGGGCUCUACGCAACGUGGAGGACGUUCCACACUGUUACGUCGUGGACGUGGAUAUCGUAUGUGA